AAAAAAAAUUACGGAAGGCUCAAGUGCUGCUUUUAUCGUUGAAGACCUUUUUUAGGAAGUAACCUUGCAGAACCUCAACGAUUCGCAUUGUACCGGACAAGAGAUAGCAACUACGACACGACCAAAUCGUAGAAUUCGAUUAGAUCAUUUAAACCGCAACCGCCCUGCAUUAAGCCAGUUAAUCGAUUUCUCCUCACCCCCACACGGGACAACCACAGCCGUCACAAUGGUCCAAACAAGUACGGUCCUGACGAUAUCAGCCGCAACGGCGGCCACCAGUCUACUAGCAUACGCAAUCUACUUCGACUACCAACGUCGCGUAGACCCCAACUUCCGAAGAAACUUGCGACGGGAAGAGCGACGACAAGCGCGCGCGGAGAAGGAGGAAGCCCAGGCGUUCAACAAGCAGAAGCGCAAGGACAUCCAGCUAGUAAUCGACGCAACUAAGGAGGAGGGAUUCCCCACGGGCGUCAACGAGAAGGAGCAGUUUUUCAUGGACCAUGUUCAAAAGGGAGAAAUGCUCGCCGCAGAACCAUCUCGAACGAUGGAAGCCGCGCUAGCCUUCUACAAGGCUCUCAAGGUAUACCCAACUCCGGGCGACCUAAUCAGCAUUUAUGACAAGACCGUGGACAAGCGAGUAUUAGAUGUCUUGGCCGAGAUGAUCGCCUACGACAAGGACCUCGACCUUGGCGCCGGCGGCGGCAGCGGCAUCAACCUCUCAGACCUACCUAGCGCAGGCCUGGACUAGAAAUAGGAUAAUAGGAUAAGAAUAGGAGUCUAAUACACCCCAUCAUCCUCAUCCGUACUGAAAUCCUUAAAACGACACUACUACUCCCUCCACUCUUCCCACAUGAAAACAGACGAUUGGUAGAUAGGCUUCGCUCACCUAGGGAUUGGUUAAGUAAAAACGCCAACCUCCAGGUAGAGAUAGACGAGAAGCCCCUGACCAAAAACAGUGAAUGGUUCCCGCGGUAUAAGAAGGGACCUAGGCACUUACGCAGAAAGGAAUACC